CAGACGAGAAUGCGUCUCUGUGUGCGUGUGUGUCUGAGUGUGUUAUAACACAUCUGUCUAAGUUAUGUUCCCAUGUCUCUGAGAGAUGUGUUUCUGUGUGCACCUUGAAGCGGUGUAUCUUUCUGCAGCUGGACCCCGACAACACUGGUUUUAUCGGCGUGGAUACGUUCGCGGGACUGGUGCACAGCCAUGAGCUGCCUCUGGACCCCACCAAGCUGGACAUGUUGGUGGCCCUGGCUCAGAGCAACGCUGAGGGCCAGGUGUGCUACCAGGAGCUGGCAGACCUGCAGUAAACGCUCGAGCAGCUUCAAGAAGGCCAUCGCCAGCGGGCAGCGGGCGCUGCCCCGGGACGGGCCGCUGGACGAGCCGGGCCUGGGCUUCUACAAGCGCUUUGUCCGCUAUGUGGCCUACGAGGUCCUGCCCUGCGAAAUGGACCGACGCUGGUACUUCUAUCAGCCCCGAACCUGCCCGCCCCCCGUCUUCAUGGCCACCGUCACGCUCACGCAGAUCAUCGUGUUCCUGUGCUAUGGAGCGAGGCUGAACAGGUGGGUAUUGCAAACCUACCACCCCCAGUACAUGGAGAGCCCGCUGGUUUACCACCCCGGACACCGCGCCCGCGCCUGGCGCUUCCUCACCUACAUGUUCAUGCAUGUUGGGCUGGAGCAACUGGGCUUCAACGCGCUCCUGCAGCUGAUGAUCGGCGUGCCCCUGGAGAUGGUGCACGGUGCCCUGCGCAUCAGCUUCCUCUACCUGGCGGGAGUCUUGGCAGGCUCCCUGACCGUCUCCAUCACGGACAUGCGGGCGCCGGUGGUCGGCGGCUCCGGCGGGGUCUACGCGCUCUGCUCUGCCCAUCUGGCCAACGUCGUCAUGAACUGGGCCGGGAUGCGCUGCCCCUACAAGCUGCUCCGCAUGGUGCUGGCCCUGGUGUGCAUGAGCUCGGAGGUGGGCCGGGCCGUGUGGCUCCGCUUCUCCCCGCCCCUGCCCUCCUCGGGCCCCCAGCCCAGCUUCAUGGCCCACCUGGCGGGCGCCAUCGUGGGCAUCAGCAUGGGGCUGACCAUCCUGCGCAGCUACGAGGAGAACCUGCAGGACCAGUGUGGCUGGUGGGUGGUGCUCUUCUCCUACGCCACCUUCCUCCUCUUCGCCAUCUUCUGGAACAUCUUUGCCUACGACCUCCUGGGGGCUCAGACCCCGCCACCCCCGUAGCGCCAACGCCGGCCCCCGCCGCCCGGACGGGGAUCUCUUCGCCCGAUGGGCUCCGGAGCCCGUCCGGGGCCUGGACCUG